AUGAUGAAAAUUCUGCUAAUAACUGCAUUAUCAUUAUCAUGGUCAUGGUCAAUCUUGUGCACCACAUUGGACUCUUCACGAGGCAUAUUUUGGCUAAGUAGUAAGCUGGAAAAUAUUGAGUGGCGAAAAGGUUGCUUGACAACAGCUGGAUGUGCACAGCCACGAUUUCAACUAUCACUCUUAAAUGCUAUCACUAAUGAAAAAUUGUCGAAGAGUUGGCUUAUUACACCAAAGCUUAUGCAGGAAAGGCAGCGUAUAUAUGUGACGCAUUGGAGUGACGGUAGUCCGAAUGAUAUUCAGAUUUCAUGCGAAGUCAUAGGUGUAGAUCCGACUUAUGGAUUUCCAAGAAUCUGUGAUUCGUCCGCUUCAGUUGACGUUUAUCAAAAUGAAGAGAAAAGCCUUCAGAAAAGAUCUGGCACUAUAUCAUUAGGCGCUGAUGGCAAAAUCAACAUCAGGUUGACAGCUCGAUGUUUCAACAGCACGAUAACCACGGAGAGACAUGAAGAGCGAUGUCCCUGGUGCAUCGAAUACAGUGAUGAUACUAUGAUCAAUCAACAGUACCCAGAAGAUUUGAAAUCUGGUUUUGUGCAAUUUGUUGGAACCGAAAGUCAUCUGAAUAUUCUGCUGACAGUACUUGCUCUGACAGCAGCACUGAGUAGUGCAUUUUGCGCAUUCAUUCUCUAUCUUUACGUUCGGCAGAAGAAAAGUAGAGAUUUAUCACCCAAAAAAUGUCAAUUACCUGGUGAGAUAGGUACAGCGCAUAUAAUGAUGCAUAAUGAAUCAUCCAAUGGUUCCGUUGAGAGUACCAGGUAUGAUAUCCCUUGGGAUCACAAGUAUCGUCUAAUACCGAGAUGGACAAGCUCGAGAAGCAAUUCCAGUGGUGUAUCACCACCAGAUACGUCAUCUACAUUUACUACAUCAUCGCAGCAUUCAAAACCAACAAAAAUUAUCGUUGGAAAUAUCUUAAAUCAAAUAAAUUCGGCAAAUUCAUCGAUUUAUGAAAGACCUGAAGACGACGUUUUAGGUGUAUAUGAUCUGAAACAAUGCGUGUGUUGA